CUAUGAAGGUUUCAUUUGUUAAGUGAAAACAUGUAAUAUCAUGUUGUUUGAUACUAUAAUACGCACUUUGGGGAACGGACACCGGAUAUAGCUCAAAAAGUGAUAAGCGUUUGAUUUUGACACAUGCAUCGAAAAUGGAUGGUCAAAAAACUGAGAACAGGAAUGCCGACGAUGACGACGGCGGGAGUGAUACCGACGAAACCCUGAAGGAAAAGUUAAAGGAUCUUUGUGACUCCUAUAAUGUGGAGAUUGAUGCAAUUCUCUGGAAUACCGACGUGGAUUUGGGGCCCCCUUCCACACUUAAAGUGAAGCCCCCAAAGGAGGAUGUCAACAUCAAGUCGGCAUACAACAACCUGCAGUACAGCCUUUACGAGACUGGAUAUCCGGAGACCGUAAACCACCUCGGAGUCAAGCCGGCCCCCAAACUAAACAAGGAAGGCAUAUGUGUGACCAUUCUCCACAGCCAUCAUGAGAGCCUUGGCAUGCUGCUUGAAGGUGGGCGGCAGGUGCCUGGAGGAUUCCACAUGAUAUUAUCCUCUUCCUGGCUGACGAAGGAACCCUCCAAGGAACAUGAGGGCCUUUUCUCCCUGUUUGUGCACAAGGCCAUCACCUUUCACGCUGCCGGCGUCACAAAACUUGAAGAGUUUGAAACACCCCGCCGUGUGACGUAUUUGGUCAACUACUUCACCGAUGUUUGUACUAGCGGUGAACGAAAUGAUGGCCCUGAGAUCGAGCGCGGUCUGGACUGUCCUAUGAGCAGCUCUGUGGCACUCUGUGAGUCGACUGACAACAAAGUUUGGACCCGUAAUGCGAUGGCGGCUGUGGGUAUUGACAUUCCAGUGACCUUGGCCUUUUGCUACAAGACCACGCACAAAGUGACCACGCCCAAUCCAAAGAUGGUUGUCUUUAACAUUGACGACAGCGAGUGCGACUUCGCAGAAGAUGAAAUAAAACGAUUUCUUGAAAGCGAAAAAAUGAUGGGCAUUAGAAGGGUUGUUGUAAAGCCGUCGGGACGUAUGUACUGCGGCAGCGUCGGCGUCAGCAUUAUGCAGGUUGAUGAUCUCGACAACAUUAUGAAUCACGCUAGGAAACUCCUGGCAGAAAUUGAGCCCGGAAGUUCCGUGUUGGUAGAGGAGUGCAUUGAGCAUCUCAGUCCACGGCCAGGGAACAAGAAGGAGCGGCGUUGGAUGGCAGAGGAUGGAAUGGGCUUCCGUUGCCGCGCAAUCAUCAGUCGCGACCAUGACAACACAGCUGUCUGUGUGCCGAUUAUCUGUGGUAUCGCAUCCGCGGAAGGUCCAAUCAAUGGAGAUAACACCACAACACUGUCCCUCCUGACCACCCUACAGUCAUUCAACAUCGAGGUGGAGGAGAUAUUCAAGUUUGAGCACGAGCUGCGCGGCCAGUCGGAGCGCUACAUGGACGCCAUCGUGGACUAUGAGCGGACAUUGACCGCGGAAGAUCGCGGAGAGCUUUACGCGCAGACUGAUCUAUUUGGCAUUGACUACGUGGUCAGAGAGCGGAACGGGAAGCUGACGGCGGUGGCUAUCGAGGUGAACAGCCACGAUUGCAUGUACGCCUGCCAAAUCAUGGACAACAUCAUGGCCUUGGGCUGCAAGAUGGUAGCAGAGACCAUGCCUGUCGAUGAGAUCAUGUCCUACCUACAGGCAGAUCCAGACAUAGACGAUUUUGAGUUUUGGAAGACGUCUAGCUACUCGCGUUAUAAUCAUGGUGACGUCCACGGCCGAACGAUCCGUCCGUACGUGCGGAACGCUAUCGCCCGCUCCCAGAGGUGGCUGAUACGCGGCAAACAAGUCCUCAUCGUCGGCGCAGGCGGACACAGCAAACGUCGCAUUUGGGUUGACACUGAGAAAUACGGAAUUGAUCUGAUAAUGGUCGACUGCAACGCUGACCACUUCGCAAAGGAGUACACCAAGACUUUCAUCCAAUACGACUUCACUGACCAUAGUAAGGACGAUUUCCACGCUGUCCAGAUCCUUAAUAUCAUCAAGGAGAUGGGCAUCAAGGUCGCCGGCUGCCUCACGUUCUGGGAAGACUGUGUUCCAUUGUCCGCUAUUAUUCGGACACAUGUUGGGCUCAGAGGUUCAAACAACGAGGCCGCUUUGACUGCUAAGAAGAAGUCUCGCACCCAGAACUGCUUGGUGGAGAAGAGUGCCAUGAAAUCCCACUUCCUCACCACUGAUCUCUACGCCUCCAAGGCUUACCUCAUCAAAAAACCAGAGGACAUUGAGGAAAUCAGCAAUUGCGUGACGUUCCCAGCCAUGCUUAAACUUGAGCACGGGUCCAGCGCGGUGGGCGUCAACCUCGUGAAAAACAAAGACGAACUGGUGAAGAAGUACGCUGAGACCACUUCCCUGCUUCAAAAUGAGGAUGAUUUCGGUGGUAUCGGGCUGGGCUUCGGCAAUGACAUGUUUGUCAUGGAGUACUACGAGGGCUCCGAGCAUGAUAUUGACCUGAUUAUGUACGACCGAAAACUCGUGGCUGCUUUCAUAUCCGACAAUGGUCCGACCAACGUCCCCUCCUUCACUGAAACUGCCGCUAUAAUGCCGUCGUGUCUCCCGCUGGAUAAGCAGUGUCAGCUCAUCGUGGCCGCUUUUCAGUGCUGUCUUGACAUUGGACUCAGCGACGGUGCAUACAACGUUGAGAUGAUUAUUACCUCAUGUGGACCAAAACUGAUCGAAAUCAACGGACGCAUGGGUGGUUUCUACAAUCGAGACUGGAUCAAGCGUCUGUAUGGCUGCGACCUUGUUCUGUACAACUACAUGAUAUCCUGUGGGAUUAAACCCCACGCCCCAAAACACAAGCCUCAGGAACUAUUGAUGGGCAUCAUGCUCGUACCGUCUCAUCAUCGCCACAUCCUUGACGACGAGUCGAUACGAAAGGAGUUUCUAGCUCGUGAUAACAAGGGUGACAUUAUGUACCGACAGUUUUCCUCCGACGCCGACGACGCGACUUUCAAUGCAAACAUUGAAGAGCCCUUCGCUAACGUUGCCGUGAACGCACACUCCUACACCGAGGGCAAAAAGAAGCUGAUGAAGUUUUGCAAGCAGUACAAACUUGACAAUGAAAACUACGAUGUGGGCAGCUUUAUUGAAUGUUUUUGGGACAUUGUUCUGAGGAAGACCUAACAGGGUUCUAUCAAAUAUUUUUGGACACUUUCCUGUAGGAUCUAGGACAACCUAGCGGAGUUUAAGACCAGUUUCUUACUCAGGAAAACCUACAAUGGAGAUAGCUCGCUUUCCAUGAGAUCUCCACAUUCUGUUGAAUUACUUUGAACAUUUGUUUACAAGGGAAAUAAGGUUUCUUUACACGUUAUGUAUCUCACAAUUAACUGUUAACAUGCAACCCUAUCCACACAUAUUUUUUGCCUUGGUUUUAAUGUAAGCUCAUGUAAUAUAGGGAAUCUCAUUUGACACUUAAAAGGUUUUACGUGUGCCAAUAUUUUACAUCUCAUUCCUAACCAAACAGAACCAGACAGUUCAAUUGUGCCAUGUGCCAUAACUGAAAGUGAAAGUUAAAAUUUUGAGUCUUGAUGUAUAAAGUUGUUCUGAUUAAACGAAAAGUAUACAGAAGUUUUUAAAAUGUAAUGUUUGUUGUUGUAAAACAAAAAAAAAAUGUAAAAAAAAUAAACAAACGAGUAGUAAAAAAAUAAAAAUAAACAAAUGUGUAGUAAAAGAUAAACAAAAAAUAAAUGUGUAGUGAAAGGAUAAACAAAUGUUUAAAAAAACCAUGAACAGUCAUUACUUUGUUCUCAGUAGUAUGUAGUUUGAUUUUUUUUAUCAAUGUUUAAUAGAUGGACACAAUUCUGUUGUUUGCUUGCAUUUAUGCUUUUUUCAGAAAAUCAAUAAAGUUUAAUUUUG